CCCGUCCCCCUUCCCAGGGUUCUGCUGUAGAACGGCCGAUGUAUGUGUAGCGCAGGGAAGUUUACUUCGUGGCGACACUUGUGCCCUAAUUGUUCCCAUGAGUUGGUUCGACACGGUGGGUAUAGCCAACCUUGCCAAGUCUGCCCUCAACUCGGCCCAGAAGCGGAUUGACCGGGCACUUGACAUCCAGCCCGAUGAGGCAUCUGGCUUCAGCCUUCCUAAUGACACGGACUCCUUCUUCCUGUCAUUUGGUCUGGCCGAUGACCACUCGAAGCCCAAGCAGCCGACAUCCAAACAGCCAACACCGUCUCGACCCGAGCCUAGGCCCAAAAGUCGGCGAGAUGACACUGAGUCGAAGCUGGUGUCGGGCUGGGAGUCCUUCCUGGAAGCCACCUCAUCAGCUGUGGCCAAGCCAUUCGCAGAUGCUUCAGCUGUCCUGUUGCAGCCAACCAGAUCUGUGUCAGCGGGUGACAUAGCAAUAUCUCCAAGCACAUCGUCCGAGACAGUGGCGGCUGUUUCUAGUGGAGGGAGCGAAAGCCCGCUCAACAUCGACCUGCCAACAUACCCAUCCUUGGAACAGUCUGCAGAGUCCGACGGGUCAACCGAAACGCUUCUGGGGUCGUCGUCGCUUCCCGAAAGCUCAUCGCCACUGAGUCAGAGCAGAGAGUCGUUCUCGGACUGGCAAAGUACCAACAAAGAGCCGAAGGAGGGUGGUGGUGUUAUUGUUCGCGAGCCGGAACAUGUAGCCAGCUCCGGCUACCCUGCCGUAUCGCCUGCUGUCGGUAUCAGCGCUGCACCCACAGAGGGCAACUUGACAUCUACUUCGGAAACGAAUACAUCAGCAGCUGCCAGCGAACCAUCAUCGAAAGAUGAUUUGUCUUUAAGUCCAAAGGGCGAUUCCAAAGUGCCAGAUUUGCCAAAGGUCGAUCUGUCGGAUAGCUUUGUUGGGCAACAGUGUGACUCUCAACAGCAUUCGACUGAAGCCACACAAUUGUGUGAAUCGGUUUCAGGGCUGGAUGGCUUUUCGUCCCAGGACUUGUGGGUGGCCAUUGAUGCUCCUGAAAGCGGUGCUGAGAAAAAGGAAGAGAAGGUUGAAACGCACGGUGCCUGCGGCGAUGUCGCGGUUGCAGCUGCGAUUGUUGAAGCGUCUAGCGAUGUCGCCCACCCUCCCGAAGAAAAAGAGAAGUCGGGAGACCGGGCGGACGGCGACGCUGGUGAUGCGACAGCAGUGAAAGCGGAUGCUUCCGUAGCUGUGAAGGAAGAGUGCGAAACCCAGUCAGUGGCUGGGAGCGCACACUCCGCGGAGACGAGCUCGUCCGCUUCGUUUGUGAGGAUUUCGACGGAAGAGACGGAAGACUCGCGGAAGUCUAGCAGUCCAUCCGGUGACGAAGAAGGGGAAACAGUCUCCUCGUCAGAUAUCGAGAUAAUCUCGUCCGUUAACGGUGGCUCAAGCAUUGACCAGUUCAGUGCGGUGUCACCAGCAAGGCACCUUUGGACCAUACAGUCAGACAGUCACGAUGAGAAACCCUUUGAAGCGGCUGAAGCAGCUGGGACGUCUGAGGACCCGCUGGGGCUUCCUCUAGGUGGUGCUACUACAGAAAGUCUAGAAGAUAUGUCUGAAGUGGAAGGCCUUAGAGCGCGAGUGAACAAGUUGCAAAGUGUCCUGGAUGCCCGAGAGCGCAAAGUGUUUUUGCUCAGCAAGGAGAUGGCUGAAAUGGCAGACAGCAAUGCUGCGCUACAGAGUGCAUUGCAGAAAUCCGAGCAGCAGCGGAUAAAGGACAAUCAGGACACGUCACGACUGACGCAGGAAUUCACCCACCGCCUCGCCCGCCUGGAAACUAAGCUUCUCGACACAUGCAAGGAAAGAGAUUCUCUGAAAGCCAAACUCGAGGCUGUCCAACAGGAAGCUGUGUCCAAGGUGAGCAUCUCCCAGAUGGAUGUUCUGCUCAAGGAGAAGGAUGAACAGAUUGCCGAGCUCAUGUCAGAAGGAGAGAAGUUGUCCAAGCAGCACCUGCAACAAUCGACAAUCAUCAAGAAACUGCGCACCAAAGAAAAGGAGAUGGAGAACCUGAUCAAGACUCACAAGGAACGCCUGGAAGAGCAGAGCAAGGAGCUUGACCGGCUACGGAGAUCUCUGAGUGCAAAAGACGAACAGGAGAAGAAGCAUAUUGACACAAUACGGCACCUUACCUCAUCGACACAAAAGCUGGAACGAGAAGCAACAGCCCUUCAGGAAUCCCUGAACGAAUCAACAAGCAACUUGGAAGAAGCCAUGAGUAAGCUUGACAUUGCAUACAGUCAGAUAGCAGAGUUGGAGCAUGCCAACACUGAGUUUGAGAGGCAAGCAGAGGAGGCAUCUUUGAGUGCCAAAAUGGCUGCUGGUGAAGAGAUUCGCAGGGCCAUGGACCAGGCACGUUCCGAAGCAUUGGCCGAGAAGACGUCACUGCUACAGCGCAUCGAAGAACUGCAGCUUGCACUCGCCAUGGCAGACCAACGUAGCGAGCGAAGGGAAGAACAUCUGCACGCCAGCAUUCGAGAGUUGCAGCAGCAACUCCAAGAGGCUGAAGCACGGAAUCAGGAGAUAACACAAAACCUGUCAUCUGCCACAAGGCCCCUUCUUCGUCAGAUCGAGAAUCUCCAGUCAACAUUCAGCGCGCAAUCUGCUUCCUGGGAAAGGGUCGAGCGAAGUCUCACAGACCGCCUGAAUGAGUGUCGGACGCACGCGACGCUGUUGGCGGAGAGAGAGCGCACCCUGAGUGACAAGUAUGCCGACCUCCAGCUACGAAUGACAACACUCGAGGUACAGAACGCAGCUUUGCAGCGGGAGAAACAGGAACUGGCUUCGGAGUGCGACAAGCUGAGGGAACGGCAGAGCAGUAUGGAGGAGUACGAGCACAGGGAAAGCAACCUCAGGGCAACGAAGGCAAGGCUAGAGCAAUCCCUGAAGACCCUCAGGGCAGAGAAGGACGCCUUGUCAGCGCAGCUGAGUGCCUUGCAAGAGGAACUCUCCAGCGAACACAACAAGAAUGCCUUGCUUCAGGAACAACUCCGAGCUGAGCGAGAGAAGAGUCUUGACCAUUCCAACACUCCAUCACCUACGGCAUCGCACUACAGUUCCGUCAGCGACACCUUCAACUGCAACGCAAUCCCCGACGAUGCAAGUCUGGCGAACAGUGCAUUUAGCGUUGCACCUGCAAGUCGUCAUAAUUCCCUGUACGAGAGUCUCCGUGGCAUCGGCGGCAGUUCACUCAUUGAGUCACUGCAGGCGCAACUCAAAAUGCGUGAGGGUGAAGUUGGUCAGUUACAGGCUCAAAUUGGCCAGCUGGAACGAUGCAGGGAAUCCUUGUCACGGGAACUAACCUUGCUGUCAGCCAAGCAAGAGCUUUGGGACCAGGAGCACGAGGAGCUGCUUGAGCUCAGGGUUCGCUUCGAGGAUGUGAAUCAAAAAUAUAAUACGCUGCUCCAGAUGUAUGGAGAAAAGGUUGAAGAAACUGAGGAGCUGCGGCUCGAUCUCGAAGAUGUCAAGUCCAUGUACAAGGCUCAGAUAAACGAGCUCAUCAAUGCCAAACAGUGAGUUAUCUCUGUUGUCGCGGCUUGCCACCUGAGGGCCGCAGCAGACACUCACCAUCGCAGGCGAGGGCAGUCAGUGUCUUGAUGCAUUCAGUCGUCCACUCGGGAGUAUUAAAGACAGGAGAGGCUAUGUGCAAAACGUGUAUAUAAACAAGAUGUGGAUACCAGCGUUGUGUUUGUAUAGGGCCGUGAAAGUACUGUUGGGUAUCAAAGAAACUUGGCGAGUCUUUUUUUUUUUUUUUUGCUGAAAAAUAAAAGACGUUUUAACUCCGGUUAU